GGUUAUAUAAGGGCGCGGCCCGAGCGCCGGGAUCUUCUUCCGUUUCCGCCGCCGCCGCCGCCUGAGCAGCCAUGGAUACCAGCCGCGUGCAGCCCAUCAAGCUGGCCCGCGUGACCAAAGUGCUCGGCCGCACCGGCUCCCAGGGGCAGUGCACGCAGGUCCGCGUGGAGUUCAUGGACGACACCAGCCGCUCCAUCAUCCGCAACGUGAAGGGCCCCGUCCGCGAGGGGGACGUCCUGACGCUGCUCGAGUCCGAGCGAGAGGCCCGAAGGCUGCGCUGAGGCCCGCGGGGGCAGGGUAAGAGG